GUCGCAUUUGCCACCCACCCGCCCAGGACGCAACAAUGACGCCGAGCGGAAAUCAAUCGCCGAAGCACGACGGAGGUGCUCAUCGACACCGGCGCGGAGAGCGGACGGCGCAGGACGGAGAAGAAAAGAGCGGCGAGGGCCACGGCGGUCAUCAUCACCAUCACCACAACCACAGCAACGACCCCCACGGUCACGCCCACAUCCACCAACACCACAACCACGGCCACGAUCACGCAGCUCACAGCCACCCCCACGACCACAGCGGCCACGAUCACGGUCACGCGCACGACGACCACGGGCACGACCACGACCACGGCAGCCACCCCCACGCCCACCCCCACGCUCACGGCGACUCGCACGGCGCGCCAGACCACGCCCACGUCCUCCCUGGCGAGUCCCCGACCGACGCCCACUGCCAGGACCACACGUGCACCGCGUCCCCUGAGGAAAUCGACAGCGACUGCGAGACAAUGGUAGACGAUUGCUGUGGACCAGAGCCCAAGGCUGGAGACUGCUGCGCUUCGCCUGGUGAUAAGUGCGGCGACGGCAAGCCGAGUGCUUGCGCUGCCCCGGCCAAGGACGACUGUGAAGACGACGACUGCUGCAAGAAGGACGAGGACGAGCCGGAGUCGGACGACUGCUGCGACGAUGAGGGCAAGUGUACCAAGGAGGCCGUUGCCGUUGCGACCCUCGCCAAGGCCUGCGCCGACGACGGCUGCUGCGAUGACAAGGAGGCCGAGUCGUCCGACGACGACGCCGACGACGAGUGCUGCGACGACAAGGGCGAGUGCACCAGCGCCAAGCCCGCCGUCAAGGCCAUCAUGGACGACUGCUGCGACGACAAGUCUGGCGCCUGUACCAAGCCAGCCCCGAGGAAGGCCUGCGCCUCGCGUCGCAAGGCCGCUUCUCCCGACUCGGAGUCCGACUACUCGUCGUGCGACUCGGACACGGACACACUCGACGACCCCCUCCGUGAGAAAUGCAAGGCCGGCCCGUCGAAACCCUGCCGCCGACGCUCGCGCCGCGCCGACCCAAUCAGGCAGCACAAGCACCAGCCGUGCCGCGAGGCGGACUGCACGACGCGCAAGAAGCGCCGGUCCGACCGCACAAUGUGCGGGUGCUGCGUCAAGAGCAUGAUGGAGCAGCCUAGCGCAAAGAUGGCGCGUUCCCUGCUCGAAGCCGCCGCGCAGGUCCACUCGGCUGCUCGCCGCUGCUGUAUCGCGUUCGCAAACUACUGCUGCCCGCGUAUCGACGAGUGCGCCGAGGCCAUGUGCUGCCCGCCCGACGAGGAAGUCGAGGCGCUGCUUGCCGCGGCCGUCCUCCCCGCCAAGGCCGAGAUCAAGGCCGGCGCCGAGACCGAGACGUUCACCCUCGAAGUCGCGGGCAUGGACUGCCCCGACUGCCUGUCGAAAGUGCGCCGCGUGUUCGACGCACUCCCCGGAACGAAGAUCACGCGCAUGGACUAUGUCCGCGCGCUGGUCGAAGCCGAGCGCGAGACGAGCGCCGCCGAGCCCGAGAUCAUCGGGCGCUUCGUGACCCGCGCGACUGGGUUCCCCAUCCGCGUGAUCUACUCGUCGGCCAAGGGCGAAGGCGGGACGGUCGUGCCCAUCACGUUUAGUCGCAUGCCGCCCGCCGACGUGCUAGACUCGUACGAGACGGCCGACGUGCGCCCGCGCAAGGCCGGCGGCGAGGUCGACUUUGUCUUCUCGCGCGACGGCGCGUCGCCGCGCGACAUCGUCACCCGGCUGGGGGAGUACGGCGCCGCCCUCGCCCCGCCGAUGCUCUCGCGCCAAGAACAGCGCAUCAACGCCGACGUGCGCGCGCUCGCCCUCCGCACGGGGCUGAGCAUCCUCCUCACCAUCCCGAUCCUAGUGCUGGUGUGGGCGCCGAUCCCGCACAAGGGCUCGCUCGGGCACCGCGCCGCCGAGUUCGCGCUCGCCACCGGCGUCCUGGCGGCCGCGUACCCCAUCUACGUGGGCUCGCUCCGCACCCUGUGGUACCUCCGCCGCGCGGACCUUGGCGUGCUUACCAGCGUGAGCACGCUCACGACGUACAUCUUCUCCGUCGUCGCGUUCGCGUUCCAGGCCGCCGGCCACCCCAUCGCCGAGCCGUUCUUCGAGACCCUGGGCCUGCUCGUGUCCCUCAUCUACCUCGGCCGCACGAUCCAGGCCUCGACGCGCAAGGCCGCGCUCGGCGCGAUCUCGUCCCUCGCCAAGCUACAACCCACGACCGCCGAGGUGGUCACGCCCAAGGGCGGCGUGGAGAGCGUCGACGUCCGCCUGCUCUUCUACAACGACGUGAUCCGCGUCACUGCGCCCAGCGUCGUGCCAACAGACGGCACCAUCUUCUCCGGCAGCGCCGACAUUGACGAGUCGGCAAUCACGGGCGAGUCGGUGCCCGUUCUCCGCGCUCAAGGACAGGCAGUGCACGCCGGCACGACGCUGAUCGAGGGUAGCGUCGACGUCGCCGUCGCGCGGCUCGUCGGCGAGAACUCGCUCGCGAGCGUCAUCCAGGCCGUUAUGGACGCGCAGAGCUCGGCUAGUCGGUUCGGCGACUUUGCGGACCGUAUGGCCGAGUGGCUGCUGCCCAUUGCCAGCGCGGCGUGCUUCAUCAGCUUCCUCGUGUGGCUGUUCGUGGGCCACUACGUCCGCGGGCAUCCUUGGGGCCGCAGCGUGAUCGACGCCGUGACCUACGCUAUCGCUAUCAUGGCUGUGUCGUGCCCGUGUGCGCUGACCCUCGCCGUCCCCACCAUCUCGGCGACGUGCAUGGCCAUGAGCGUCAAGGACGGCAUCGUCUUCCGCUCGUCCGACGCCCUUCUCUCCCUCAGCAAGAUCCGCCGCAUCGCGUUCGACAAGACAGGCACCCUCUCCCUCGGCACCCUCUCCGUCGUGGAGGCAUACACUGGCGACGCCCUCGGCGCCGAGCUCGUCUCGGCAAUGACCUCGGCCAGUCGUCACCCCGUCAGCGUCGCAGUGAACCAGUACCUCGCCGCGAAUACUGCCCCCGGCGCCGACUUCGUCGACCCCUCCGACCCGGGCCUCGCGAUCGAGUACACCGUCGUCCCCGGCGGCGGUGUGAGAGGCGCGUUCUACGGCUACCCCGUGCUCGGCGGCAGCGCCGUGUUCACCGGCACGGCGUCCAACCCGACCGUCAAGGCGUACCUCGACAAGGGGCUCACGGUCUUCGUCGUCACGGUCGGCGGGCACCUCGUGGCGGCGUACGGCCUGGCGGACAAGGCGCGCGGCGGGGCCUCCGAGCUCGUCACCGACCUCACUGCUUCCGGCGUCGCCGUGUCCGUCCUCUCGGGCGACCACCAGGCCGCCGUCGCAGCCUUCGCGUCGCGUAUCGGCCUCGACCCGUCCGCCGCGUUCGGCGGCCUCAGCCCCGAGGGCAAGGCCGAGGCCAUUGCGACCCUGCAGGCCGACUCGCCCGUCGCGUUCGUAGGCGACGGCGUCAACGACUCGAUCGCGCUGUCCCUCGCCGACGUGGGCAUCGGCAUGGGUAGCGGCACUGACGCCGCCGUACUCGCAUCCGACGUGGUCCUCCUCGGCACGGACAUCAAGCGCAUGCUCUCGGCUGCCAUCGGCAUCGCGGGCAUCGGGCGUGUGCUUGCCCUCGCUGCGAUUGCGUGGUGUGGUGUGUACUUCACCGCCGCGAUCAUCCUGGCCUCUGGCGCCGCCGUCGACUUCCGCAUCCCGCCGCAGUACGCCGGUCUCGGCGAGCUCGUGUCCGUGCUCCCGGUCCUCCUGCUCGCCGUAGUUGCGAAGCUGUGGGGCUGGGUGGCCGCGCGUCGUCGUGCUGUCAAGGCCUAAGUAGCUGAACUGAAUGUCGUGCAAGUGUGCAUCGAGA